AUGUUUGCUACUGUGACUGGUUCUCAGCUUUCAGAAUGGCUGGCUCCGAUACGUGAUCAAUAUAAAGAUACUUCUGCAAGGAGGAUGCACAACAUGGACUGGAAAAUGUUUAAUAAUGAAAAACUAAAAAUAAUCCCACCUGUUCCUGGAACAUCUGAACCUUCGGAACCUAGUAGCACAGUAGACGUGCCGAAGAAUAAUUUAUUAUUACGUUUUACGCCCAAUGAAACGCUAACAAGCGGUGUAAUGCCGACUUCAAGCCUAAAGAGUAAACUAGAAACGACUCUACAGAACGCGAAAGAAUUAGCAGCCAUCUUAAAGUCGCAUAUAAUCACAGUUCAAGAACGAGAAAAAACUCUUAAAGAAGCCAUCGUUAAUGGGAAGUUAGGAGUAACGAUAUUGACGGUGUCCACACUUAAAGGACAACCCCGGAAGUAUAUCAUACGCGAUGGAUUUUGGACUCUCUGUAAUGGAAUGAUACAGACCCCCACAACAGUGCCAGAUAUGACCGCUACAAUUUUUAGUAACGUAUACUCUACGCCAAGGUGCAUUGGCCAAGAAGUUACAUCGAAACCAGAUCCAUGCGUAUUUAAUUCAAUAAUCAAAUAUGAGACGAUCCCAACAGAAAGGAAAACAGAAUAUACUGAAGACGAAUAUUUAUGCCUCAAACCAACAUUCAAUAAUACCUUGGAACAGUACCUCAGCGUCACCAAAAAACUUGUAAACGCAACAUGUAAAAACGACCGGAACACAGAAGCGGACGCACUGCUAACUGCACUGAUGAACACCUGGACUUACUGUGUUGUGAUGCAAAUAAAAGUUUUGAAUCUUUUCCAUCUAAUAAUAUCCGGGAAAAUAAGGAGUUUCGCAGAUAAUCUCUUCGAAUGUGGUCUAAGGGUGAUGUCGGAUUAUACCUACUACCCACAAAGAGAAAUAGUGGCUUCAGAAUUACCGCUAGAGUACUGUGACGGAGUACUCGGUUCUUGCAAAUUGAUCGUCGCCUGGCACCUAUCGAAUUCAAGCGUGGAAAAUUUCGAAUUCGUCAAAGAUGACCAAAAUUUUAAAAACUAUUUUAUGAAAUCAGGAUCGUAUGUUAACAAUGCUUUGUAUUGA